UCAUCCUGCCAAAGAUACCGAGAUACAGAAUAUUUGCAAUCCGUACUCACUCCCUGGGAAAUGUUUAAAAGAAAGCAAGGUCAAUUUGGACCCCAGAUUAAUGAUCUGCCUACCACCCAAAUUAAAAAUACAAUCAGCGAUGUGAGUGUCCUUAACCUCCGAUUGCCAGUUACAAAUGGCACAGAUUUAAAAACACCUGGCUUCCAUCUGUCACAGAGCAAUGGAGAGCGGGACAAGGCUCGGGUUACUGCUGGAAGAUCCCUUCUUAAAAGCCAAGUAAAGAGGGAGCACGCUGAAGUCAAGUCACAGCCUCAAGAGGCCAUACAGAAAGAAUCCGAAAAUGUAUUGCCAAGAAGGCCAGUGAAGCUGGCUCCCUUGGAGGUCAACAAAGAUGUCAAGAAGUCACAGCAACAGAAAAUUAAGGAAAUUGAGCAGGAAGCUGCAAUAGCUGCCAAGAAAGUGGAAGUCAUGGGUACAGAAUCAAACCUCCAAGGAAUGAAACAGCAUGCAAAAACGGGGCUGGAAAAGACCGUCUUAAAUAUUUCUCAUGAUUCUUUCAGAGAAACAGCAAUACCCCAGACAAGAUUAAAGAAACCUUGUUCAGUCCCUGAAAGACAUUCAGAUCACUUCCAAGGCAGUAAUUGUGGUAUCAGAAGAGAGACAUCACUCAAAAAGAACACCUUUCCUUGCAAACCAUUGGUACCUAUGAGUAGCAGUCAGAAGUCUAAAGCUCUUGUCUCAAUUGCCAGGGGGAACUGCAGUGGAAAUCCUGAUUUCUUUCAGGGUUCUGCUGUAGGACACCUGAGGCUGAGGAAAGGUAAAGACUUUGAAGUGGAUCAGCGUAAAUCUAAGAUGUCAACACUAGCUGGAUUAUCUGAUGAUGAUGGCAAGCCACCCCAGAGAACUAAUACGAAGAAGCAGCUCUGCAGCACUGAGGGACGCUAGUUAUAUGCUGCAAAAAGCACCAAGAAAGUACUCUAGGCAUACUGGAGACACAGGAAAUAAGAGAAGAGAGCUCUGGUUGACAGAUUGUUAGCAGUAUGGCUUUUGGGGAUAUCCAAGAUGUUGAGUGAAAGAUUGUUAAAACAUACAGUAUUUCACAAAUCUAGCAAGGUCCUUAGUCAAUUAUUGCUUCUUACAUGAUUGAGAUGAACCUCAUCAUCAUUUUGGUAAUUUCAAUAUUAUUUAAAAAAAACAAAAAGCAGCACUUGGGUGAGUAAUAUGGCUCAGCGAUAACAAACACUGAAUGGAUUUCGACGUAUCUUUGUGGAUACAGAAAAUAUGAAUACAUAUUGAAAAGACUUUUUUUUUUACGAAAGCCUAUGAUACAUAUUAAAAAUAACCACAGAAGACAUUGUAAGCCUAACACAAACCAUUGUUAACUUCUUUUUAAUUUGUGAUUUGCUUUUAAGCUGUGCUACUAACUACUGGAUAAUGUUGCCAAAAUGAAAACAACGAGUUUCUCUUUUUGUGGCACAUAAGCUUGAGAGAGAAAAUCUCAUCCUGGACUAUUGGAGCUUUCAACAAAAUAUUGUAGUUCAAAGCAACCACAUCUUGCAACAACCUUUACAGCAAAAUCUUAGGAUUCAUUUGGCUCCCCCACAUCCCUUAAUCAGAAGAAAAUUGAUAAAUGAUUAGCCAUUAAUAUACAGUAUUAUAAAUGACUGUAGAAAUACAGCUACCCAUAAUAAUAACAGCAAAUUCAGAACUACCAAAAUGUAAAACUUUCAUUUUAAAGUAAUACAUUAAAAUAAUGAUAAAAACAACAACAACGAUAAUGAUGAUGGAGAUGGUGAUGGU